AUGCACUUCCACUUAAACUUGUGUAAAUUAGAAAGUGAAAAAUCCGCAAAGAAAAUGAAGAAAUUCCAAGUGCUGUGUUUGCAUGGUCAUGCGCAGAGUGGCGAAAGUUUUCGGCAACGAAUCGGCUCGCUACGUUCUCCACUCAAAAAGUGGUGCGAUUUCCAUUUCUUGGAUGGACCAUUUGAAGUGCCUCAUUGCGAGCAUUCUACUUCGAUUUCCAGAGGUGGAGGAGGAGGAGGAGGAGGAGGAGAUAUUUCUUCAGAUCCAGGCGGACUAGGAGGCCAACCGGAUGCAGCAGAGUCAAAAGUUCCUCUUGCUACGGCAAUGCAGAACACAAGAAGUUGGGUUCCGCCAGCAGCCGAUAAGCCAAACCGAGCACACGCUGACCCAGAAAUGUUCAAAAGAGGUGUGCUUCAGUCAUUGUCUAUGGUGCAGAAAACGAUAGUGGAGAAGCAAGUCGAUGGACUACUGGGAUUUUCGAUGGGAGCAGCUUUGAUAGUGGCGCUGAUGCUAUGUCUCAUGUCUGAAGGUCGUCGCUUAUUUUUGUCUUCUUGCUCGGGAAGGUAGCUGUUGAUGUAGAAUAAGGAGGAUACAUCAUGAUCAUCAUCUGAGAUUAGUGCUUGGUACCAUUUCAGUAUUUUUACCUCUAAUCGCAGGCCGCAUCAACGGAUCUGCCCGCCCAAGACAAUUGAAAUUCGUCCUGUUUUUCAGUGGAUUUGUUCCUGACAAGGAUCCUGGAAUGGCAGAUGCUAUACGGAAACAUCUUUCGUCAGCAGGAGUGGCCUCGUUAAGCUCGUUUCAUUGCUUCGGAUUGAAAGACGAGAUUAUCACUUAAGGAUAGGGGUGAGACUGUCAGGAGCUUGAUAAGCGAUACAAUUCCGACGUAUGGUGCAGCAAGCUUCCUUCUAGUAUUUGCUGAAUACUCAACAUCAUUUUCAAUGCAUGACCUGGCUGCUUGUUUCUCAUCUUAAUGCAACUCCUUUGCAGCAUACUCUAUCUCUAACUCCAACCCGAGCGCAGCCGAGAGUUAUUUUCACUCUUCAAGUCAAGGUCAACAAAUUGCGAACUUCUCGCGGAGCAGGAUGAUAGGAACCAGGAAGUACUACACCUGUCUACAGAUCCUGCAACUAUUGAUGAGCCUCGUGUCAGUCGCAGCCCUGACCUCGAAACCGUAACAGAAGUAUUCGAGCAUCCAGGCGGCCACUUAGUUCCUUCACAAGCGAAAAAAGCGCUAGUCUCAUUCAUCCAAGCAAUGGUGGAACGAGAAGCACAACGUCAAAGAACUUGA